UAUGUUGUUUUGCCACUACUAGCUUUGUUGGCUCUGACCUCAAAUGUUAUUCCUCCUGGGUUUGGUGCAAUGAAAUCCUAAAUUACCACCCACAAAAAAGGGCUCAACAGUUAACGAUCAAUUUUUUAUUUAUUUUUUAAUUACCGCAACCUAAAUCUGAAGCCUAUUGUAACCAUCCUUUUCCUGAAAGAAUGAAGAAUUUCACUCUUAUCCUGAAAAGCUUCUUUUACUAAGUAUUGGAAUAAACUUGGUUCUUCCUUGAUUUGAUAUCAAUCUUUUGAAAUGGUCGGAGCACAUGUUUAGUCUUUCAUGGAGAUGCUUAGUUAGGGUAUUGAGGAUUCAAACUUUAUAAGCUGCAUGUUGUGUGAUUGCAGGGAAAACAGAGGACGUGAGGAAGCUACAGUCUUGAUUAUUGUACUUGUUAUAGGGAAUUUAAAUUCGGAAUUUUAUACAUUUUUUGAUUUUGGUUUCCCAGGGUUUGCUUUAGAACAAGGAGGAUUAUCAGCUGAGGUGAUAAGGCGGGCGUUUGACACUACUGAAGAGGAUUUUGUGCAUUUGGUGACGCGAUCAUGGGUAGCUCGACCUCAAAUUGCAUCAGUUGGGUCUUGUGGUCUUGUUGGGGCGAUUACGGAUGACAUGUUGUACUUGGCGAAUCUAGGGGAUUCAAGGGUGGUGCUUGGACGAAGAGUGUCUAAUGGGCGGAUGAGUAACUCCACUGCUGUGGUAGCGGAGCGCUUAUCAACAGAUCAUAAUGUCGGGGUUGAAGAGGUGAGGAAGGAAGUUGAAGCGCUUCAUCCUGAUGAUGCCCAUAUUGUGGUGCAUACUCGUGGAGUUUGGAGAAUUAAGGGCAUUAUUCAGGAUAAAUCUUGUUUCGAAGCUGACAUCGAGUGAGGAUAAUAUGAUUAAAAUGACGCUCUUCAUAUCCUUUUA